AUGGCUCUGGCCGGGCUCUGCGCCCUGCUCGCCGGGUGCUGCCUGGCGGCCGCCAGCGGCCCCGCCGAGGCGGAGGCGGCCAAGGAGCUGGAGUGCAAGCUGAAGAGCAUCACGGUGUCGGCGCUGCCCUUCCUGCGGGAGAACGACCUCAGCAUCAUGCACGGCCCCUCGGCCGCCGAGCCCAAGCUCCUCUUCUCCGUGCGCAACGACUUCCCCGGCGAGAUGGUGGUGGUGGACGACCUGGAGAACACGGAGCUGCCCUACUUCGUGCUGGAGAUCUCGGGAAACACGGAUGACAUCCCCCUGGUCCGCUGGCGGCAGCAGUGGCUGGAGAACGGCACGUUGCUCUUCCAUAUCCACCAUCAAGAUGGUGCCCCUAAUCUGCCUGGCUUCGAGCCCACUGAAGAACCCCAGACCGAGUCGGCUGAAGAGGAGCUGAGGAUCCUCCACAUCUCCGUCAUGGGAGGGAUGAUCGCCCUGCUGCUCUCCAUCCUGUGCCUGGUGAUGAUCCUCUACACCCGCCGGCGGUGGUGCAAGCGGCGCCGCGUGCCGCAGCCCCAGAAGAGCGCCAGCGCCGAGGCGGCCAACGAAAUCCACUACAUCCCGUCGGUGCUCAUCGGGGGCCACGGGCGCGAGAGCCUGCGCAACGCCCGCGUGCAGGGCCACAACUCCAGCGGCACGCUCAGCAUCCGCGAGACCCCCAUCCUGGACGGCUACGAGUACGAUAUCACCGACCUGCGGCACCACCUGCAGCGGGAGUGCAUGAACGGCGGCGAGGACUUCGCCAGCCAGGUCACCCGCACCUUGGACUCGCUGCAGGGCUGCAACGAGAAGUCCAGCAUGGACCUCACGCCCGACUUCGCCUUAACGUCUUCCCGCCCAGGAAGCGAUAACGCCAAGCUGUCCCUGAUGAACAAGUACAAGGAUAACAUCAUCGCCACGAGCCCCGUGGACUCCAACCACCAGCAGGCCACGCUGCUGUCCCACACCUCCAGCAGCCAGCGCAAGCGCAUCAAUAACAAAGCGCGAGCCGGCUCCGCGUUUCUCAACCCCGAGGGGGACUCCGGGACGGAGGCGGACAACGAUCCCCAGCUGACCUUCUACACCGACCCGUCGCGGAGCCGCCGGCGCAGCCGAGUGGGCUCGCCCAGGAGUCCCGUGAACAAGACCACGCUGACCCUCAUCAGCGUGACGAGCUGCGUCAUCAGCCUGGUGUGCUCGUCCCACAUGAGCUGCCCGCUGGUCGUCAAGAUCACCCUGCACGUGCCCGAGCACCUGAUCGCUGACGGGAGCCGGUUCAUCCUGCUGGAGGGGAGCCAGCUGGACGCCAGCGACUGGCUCAACCCGGCGCAGGUGGUGCUCUUCUCGCAGCAGAACUCCAGCGGGCCCUGGGCCCUGGACCUCUGCGCCCGGCGCCUCCUCGACCCCUGCGAGCACCAGUGCGACCCCGAGACCGGCGAAUGCCUUUGCUACGAAGGUUACAUGAAGGACCCCGUGCACAAGCAUCUCUGCAUCCGGAACGAGUGGGGAACGAACCAGGGGCCCUGGCCGUACACCAUAUUCCAGCGCGGGUUCGACUUGGUGCUGGGAGAGCAGCCGUCGGAUAAGAUCUUUCGGUUCACCUACACCCUGGGGGAAGGCAUGUGGCUGCCGCUGAGCAAGAGUUUUGUCAUCCCACCGGCUGAGCUGGCUAUCAACCCCUCCGCCAAGUGCAAGACUGACAUGACGGUGAUGGAGGAUGCAGUGGAGGUCAGGGAAGAGCUGAUGACCUCCUCCUCAUUUGAUAGCCUGGAGGUCCUCCUUGAUUCCUUUGGCCCUGUUCGUGACUGCUCCAGGGACAAUGGGGGCUGCAGCAAGAACUUCCGUUGCAUCUCGGACCGCAAGCUGGACUCAACAGGCUGUGUGUGCCCGACGGGACUAAGCCCCAUGAAAGACGGCACAGGUUGUUAUGACCGUCAUGUUGGCGUGGAUUGCUCGGAUGGCUUCAACGGGGGCUGUGAGCAGCUGUGCCUCCAGCAGAUGGUCCCACUGCCCGAUGACCCUCUGCUCUACAACAUCCUCAUGUUCUGUGGGUGCAUCGAGGACUACAAGCUGGGCAUGGAUGGGCGAUCAUGCCAGCUCAUCUCAGAGUCAUGCCCUGAGGGAGGAGACUGUGGGGAGACCCGAGAGCUGCCCAUGAAUCAGACUCUCUUUGGGGAGAUCUUCUACGGCUACAACAACCACUCGAAAGAGGUGGCAGCAGGGCAGGUGCUGAAAGGGACAUUCAGGCAGAACAACUUUGCCCGGGGCUUGGAGCAGCAGCUGCCAGACGGGCUGGUGGUAGCUACGGUGCCGCUGGAGAACCAGUGCCAAGAAGAGCUCUCGGACCCCAUGCCUGACCCUGAGUUCCUCACUGGGAUGGUGAACUUCAGCGAGGUGUCUGGUUACCCCCUCCUGCAGCACUGGAAGGUGCAGUCCGUCAUGUACCACGUCCGGCUCAACCAGCUGACCAUCUCCCAGGCUUUCAGCAAUGCACUCCACUCUCUGGAUGGAGCCACCUCUCGUGGAGAUUUCGUGGCUCUGCUGGACCAGUUUGGCAACCACUACAUCCAGGAGGCCAUGUACGGCUUUGAGGAGUCCUGCUCCAUCUGGUAUCCCAACAGGCAGGUCCAGCGGCAGCUCUGGCUGGAGUAUGAGGACAUCAGCAAAGGCAACUCCCCAUCGGAUGAGUCGGAGGAGCGAGAGCGAGACCCCAAGGUGCUCACCUUCCCUGAGUACAUUGCCAGCCUCUCCGAGUCGGGCACCAAGCGCAUGGCAGCUGGCGUGCGGAUGGAGUGCCAGAGCAGAGGGCGCUGCCCCUCAUCCUGCCCACUGUGCCACACCACCUCCAGCUCUGACACACCUACUGAGCCCAUCCUGCUUGAGGUCACCAAGGCAGCACCCAUCUACGAGCUGGUCACUAACAACCAGACCCAGCGGCUCUUGCAGGAGGCCACCAUGAGCUCACUGUGGUGCUCAGGGAGUGGGGAUGUCAUUGAGGACUGGUGCCGAUGUGACUCGAGUGCCUUCGGGGCCGAUGGUUUGCCCACCUGCGCGCCUCUCCCGCAUCCCAUCCUGCGGCUGUCCACUGUGCAUGAGCCCAGCAGCACCUUAGUGGUGCUGGAGUGGGAGCACUCAGAGCCACCCAUCGGGGUACAGAUCGUCGACUACCUCCUCCGCCAGGAGAAAGUCACCGACAGGAUGGACCACUCCAAGGUAGAGACCGAGACGGUGCUGAGCUUUGUAGAUGACAUCAUCUCUGGUGCCAAGUCACCCUGCGCAAUGCCGGCCCAAGUGCCCGACAGGCUGUCCUCCACCAUCUCCCUCAUCAUUCGCUGCCUGGAGCCUGACACCACUUAUAUGUUCACGCUCUGGGGAGUUGAUAACACAGGGAGACGCUCCAGGUCCAGUGAUGUGACAGUCAAGACCCCCUGUCCUGUGGUAGAUGACGUGAAAGCUCAAGAAAUAGCAGACAAGAUCUACAAUCUCUUCAAUGGCUAUACCAGUGGCAAGGAGCAGCAAACGGCCUACAACACCCUGCUGGAUCUGGGUUCCCCCAGCCUGCAUCGCGUCCUUUACCACUACAACCAGCACUACGAGAGCUUUGGGGAGUUCACCUGGCGCUGUGAAGAUGAACUGGGGCCCAGGAAAGCUGGCCUCAUUCUCUCACAGCUUGGGGACCUCAGCAGCUGGUGCAACAGCCUCCUGCAGGAGCCCAAGAUCAGCCUCCAGCGCACGUCUCUCAAGUACCUCGCCUGCCGCUACAGUGAAAUCAAGCCCUACGGGCUCAACUGGGCAGAGCUCAGCCGGGACCUCAAGAAGACAUGUGAAGAGCAAACACUAAGCGUCCUUUACAAUGACUAUGGUGACAAAGACUACUGA